GCUCCCUAGGUUUAUUACGGUCAUACCUACACGUUGGACACGGAACUCGUCGGAAUUCACAACCGGACGCAUAUUACACAGAGGUUCAACUUCUGUCCCAUGGAGGAUCUCGAUCUCGAUCCGUAUUCCAGUAGUAUGGAACAAUUGGAAGUCUUGGAAAUACCUGAGUGUAAACAAGAAGAACGUGUACCGUCUGGGCCGGGGAUUAGCGACGAUGCUGGACAGAGCCCACAGCUGCGUCAACCGUUGGAGCCUUGCAUUCUGCGACCGAAGUCCGACCUUACAUUGGCACAGCCGUUACCGGCCUCCCUAUUCGGAGAGAACAUCGGUGUCUCUGUGGAUCCUCGAGUCAACGACGCACUAGAUUCCAAAGCGUGUUAUACUCCAGAUUGGCCAUUCAAAAUUGAACAAGACGCUCCCGUGAACCCAUUGGACGAAGGUUGCGGAUCUGCGACGGAGGAAGUGCGGGCACCUGCUUCCGAACAAGAUAAACGCCGCUAUGUGUGUGAAGUCUGUAAUAAACCUUUUGCUCAGAAGUUCAAUUUAAAGAUACACAUCCGGACUGUUCAUUCAAGUCAGCAAGUGCACACAUGUGACCGCUGCCAGGAAACAUUUACGCGGGCAGGCGCUCUCCGAUUGCACAUCGAUUCUGUUCACUUGAAUAAACGCCGCCAUGUGUGUGAACUCUGUAAUAAACCUUUUACUCAAAAGGGCAAUUUAAACAUACACAUCCAGACCGUUCAUUCAAAGCAGCGAACACACAAGUGUGGCCACUGUGACAAAUCCUUUUCACGGAUAGAUGUCCUUCGAAAACACUUCCAGUCUGUUCACUUGAGUCAGCGGACCUGCACCUGUAAGUACUGUGGGAAAUUCUUCUCUCCCUAUCUUGCUCUCCGGGCGCACAUACAUUCUGUUCACUUGACGCAACGAGGGUACACAUGCUUCCGUUGUAAUAAAUCAUUUAGUCGGUCAAACGCUCUACUGAGGCACCUUCGUUCUGUUCAUCUGAAACAGCGAACACACACUUGCGAGUAUUGUAAGAAAUCUUUUUCUAAGACGUACCUCAAAUAUCACAUAGCCUUCGUCCACAUGAACGAACGACCACAUAAGUGCAAUCAAUGUGGGAAAUCUUUUCCCCUAAUAACAAGUCUCCAAGCCCACGAAAAGACGGUUCACUUGAAGCUACGUCCCUACACAUGUGAAGUUUGCGGUAAUUCGUUCUCCGCGAGGGCUAGUGUGCGAAAACAUAUCCAAGUUGUUCAUUCAAAUCAACGUCCAUAUGCUUGUGAACAUUGUGGUAAAUUGUUUGCCGAUAAUAGCCAAUUGCAAAGGCAUAACAAAUCUGCUCAUUUGAAUCCGCGCACAUAUGCAUGUAAAAGCUGCGACGAAUCAUUUACUGAGGAGAGUGAUUUACGAGAACACGUCAAAUCCGUUCACAUCGGACAAUCCCCAUUUCUAUGCGAACAUUGUGGCGCAACCUUUACUACGAAAGGCAGUAUGCAAAGGCAUAUCCAAUGUACUCACUUUGAUCAACAUCCUUAUCCAUGCGAACAUUGUGGUAAAUUGUUCUCAGUUAUGGGCAAUUUGCGAAGACACCUCCAAUGUGUUCAUUCAGAUCCACGCCCGUUUAAAUGUGAGCAGUGUAGGGCAUCGUAUACUCAGUAUGGCAGUUUGCAAAGGCAUAUCAGAUCUUCUCAUUUUGAAGUACGCCCUCUAGUAUGUGAACGAUGUGAACAUUGCGAUGCGUCGUUUACUGUGAAAGGCAGUUUGCGAAGACACAUCAAGUCUUGUCAUCCGAACACACACCCACAGACGGAAAGUAACUGA